UAUAUUAUAUCUUGAUAGCCGAAAACACAAAGAAGAAGGAAGCUAAGAACAAUACAAUUAUAAUUAUAUUAUGGCCAUAGAGAUUGAGAAACGUUCAACAGUAGUUGGUCUAUCAAACGUUGCAACGUCUGACACUCAUGGAGAAGACUCACCUUACUUUGCUGGAUGGAAAGCAUAUGAUGAAAAUCCAUUUGAUGAAGUUCACAACCCAUCUGGAGUUAUUCAAAUGGGAUUAGCCGAAAAUCAAGUGUCAUUUGAUUUGCUGGAAGAAUACUUGGAAAAGCAGAAAGAUGAUGGCGUAGCUGAAAUUUCAAGAUUCAGGGAAAAUGCUUUGUUUCAAGAUUAUCAUGGACUAGUUUGUUUUAGAAAGGCAAUGGCUAGCUUCAUGGAAAAAAUAAGAGGUGGAAGGGCAAGAUUUGAUCCUGAUAGAGUUGUUAUUACAGCUGGUGCUACUGCAGCUAAUGAGUUGUUAACUUUCAUUUUAGCUGAUCCUGGUGAUGCUUUGCUUCUUCCAACUCCUUACUAUCCUGGAUUUGAUAGAGACUUGAGGUGGAGAACGGGUGUGAAAAUCGUUCCAGUCCAUUGUGACAGCUCAAAUAAUUUCCAAGUUACUCCACGAGCCUUGGAAGAUGCCUACAAGGAAGCUGAAUCCAACAACAUCAAAGUAAGAGGGGUUCUUAUAACAAACCCCUCAAACCCUUUGGGUGCCACCGUUCAAAGAUGUGUUCUUGAGGAAAUUCUUGAAUUCGUUACCAGAAAAAAUAUCCAUCUUGUCUCGGAUGAAAUCUACUCAGGUUCAGCCUUUUGUUGCUCCGAAUUUGUCAGUAUUGCUGAAAUACUUGAAUCCAGAAACUACAAGGAUUCAGAGAGGGUACACAUUGUGUACAGCCUCUCUAAAGACUUGGGACUCCCUGGGUUUCGAGUAGGUACAAUCUACUCAUACAAUGACAAAGUUGUCACAACGGCAAGAAGAAUGUCAAGUUUUACAUUGAUUUCUUCUCAGACACAACAACUAUUGGCUUCCAUGUUGUCUGAUGAGACAUUUACUGAGAAUUACAUAAAGAAGAAUCGCGAAAGGUUAAGAAUGAGAUAUGAAAUGAUGAUUGAAGGGCUGAGGAGUGCUGGGAUUGAGUGCUUGAGAGGGAAUGCGGGAUUGUUUUGCUGGAUGAACUUAACUAGUUUGUUGGAAAAACCUACAAAAGAGUGUGAAUUGCAAGUGUGGAAUACAAUAUUGAAUCAAGUGAAACUCAAUAUUUCACCAGGUUCUUCUUGUCAUUGCUCAGAGCCAGGUUGGUUCAGGGUUUGUUUUGCUAACAUGACUGAAAAUACCUUACAAAUUGCACUCAAAAGAAUACACCAUUUCAUGGAAACAAGGGCCACACUUCAAAAAUACUAAUUACUCAUCAUCAUUAUUUACAAUUUUUUUUUAUAUUUUUUUGCUUUGGGGAUUAUUUUUUUUCCAGUUAGGAUUGCUACUGGAUUAUUCCAAGUAUUGGAUUUUUCCCUCGGGCCUUAUACCUCCGAUUGAAUUGUUCAUGGUUCAAGAUGUUUGAUAUUUUUUCUACAAAUGUUUCUCCUUUCUUUUAUUGAAGUUUUAUAUUUUCUAAGAUAUAAAUUGAAUUAUUUACACAAUUAUAUUUCUAAUUUCAUAAAGGACUAUAACAAAAAUUAUGUCUUUGCACUUUUUCUAAUUAAUAGGUGUGUAUUGUCUCACAAAUUAACUUAAUAUCAAACCAAGGAAGUACAAUACUUCUGUUUACAAUUUCAUUUAUUCAUAGUUUGCUCCCGAUUCCUCUUUUAGUAUUUAAAAAAAGUACUUCUAAUAAAUAGGAAAGGAAGUAGUAAUUUUUAUCGU